CAAGCAAGCCUACCACCAGCAACUAGCUGCUAAAUAGCAGCAGCAACACAUUCCAGCAAACGUUCAUGAACAUAAACGAAACCCCACGUCUUGCAGCCAGUGCAUAGGAAGAAAAUUCAAGACAAGAUUAGGACUGUUCGUGUCCACCCAUCAUUCACUUCUUAUUGCAACUCAUUGACAACUCAGCCAACUUUUACCAUUUGACUUUCGUAAUUCGUGUGUCGUAUUUCGUGUGUUGGGAAUUUAAAAAAGUCUUUUGAGAAAUAUUCAAGCAUGAACGUGGCGCAGGCCAACGACCUGUACCGGGAGGGUGUGGCUGGGAAGCAAGGAAUGAGCCGCUCCAUGCAGCGCUCAUAUCUCGAACGGGCUGCUGAAAUAUACAGCUCAGAAAUCCGGAAGCAGGAUCCGAAUACAAACACCAACACUACCGUGAUUCUGAACAAGAAUCUGGGCAUGGCGAAUUUCCGUUUGGCGGAAAUUCAGAGGCCGCAAGACCUGACUCGGAUUAUUUACCUUGUCGAAGAAGCCCUACGUGGACUUACGAAUGCCUGGCGCUGGCAGCAACCUGUGACCCGUGAAGGCGACUGGGGAGUUCGGCUACAAGGCCACAUUUCUUCAUUGUUCAUAAUGGCGUUUAAAUCAAUGGAGGUGACGGCAACCACCGAUAAGCUCCCAAAGUAUCAAAUGCUUGACCGAGGCGUCAUCAAGAUUUUUGAGGCGAAAGAGCUUCACAUCUUUCAAGUGCAGUAUCGUUUGGCGAAGGGAAAUUACUUUUACCAGAUGGGAGUAAAGGCAAUGGAAGGAGCCGACUUCAAAAGGACGCAGCAGCUGCUGGAAUAUGCUCGAGACGAACUUCACGCUUUCAUGAUGUUUUGUUCUGAAAAUGCUUUCACCAACGGCAGAGAUGCGGUGUUGGCCGAAUAUCUGCAACACCUUGAGCAAGUUAAAAGCCUGGAGGACGACAUUGCUUUUCUUUCAGUGUCCUGUGAAGCAGUUCGAUAUCGAAAACAGGCUGAUGCACUCUUUGACCAAUGUGUCAACGAGACUGAAGAACUGGACUUGGAGGUCAUUUGGGACGCACUGGAUACUUACAAAGCCUCAGGAUUAAGCUGUCAUGAGGUCGACAUCGAAAAUGAAGCCAUUGCUUUGUCCCGUCAAGGAAGGGUUUUUGACAAAAUAUUCAAGAUUCGAGCAAAAGCGCAUGAAUACUAUCGAACGGCAUUUGACAUGGCACAAUGCUUGUUUCCUCGCGACAUGACAAAGAAGGACUGGUACAAGGAAUGUAAGGAGGCGUUGGAGCGAUUUUAGAAGGACAUUGUACGCGAGGAGGAAGAACUCCGGGAGAAAGAAAAGGCACCCUAUUUGGCCAAAAUGACUAAUGUUCUUACUGAGCUCAAGGCUGUUCAUAAACUGGAGGAUGCGUACAAAUUGAUGAAAUACGUUUACACGAAACAUCCUCCGAAGUGUAAAUUCACCUACGAUGAAAAGUUAGUUACAACCUCGACGGCCAAGAAGCACCUCAUGACGGCCAUCACUCAUUACCAUCCUGACAAGCAGGUCGAAUACGAUAUGGAGUGGCGUAUUUUGUGCGAGGAGAUUACAAAGUGUCUCACAGUUAGGUAUGAGGCAUUUAAGUGAAAUGAUAAUUUUUCUUCCGGCAUUUUCAUUUUCAAUUUGCAAGAAAUUUUUCCAAGCGUUUGUAAUUUUAAUCAAGCUUUCCAUGAGUAUUAAGUUGUUCUAUAAUUAAUCCAGCCAGUGAGGUUUUUUAGUAUUGAUGGACAAUACUGAACAGAUAUUGUAAUGGGGAAUGAUAAUUUAACUAGUGUACAUUCACUGCACUCGUAUAAUAAUUUUGAAUUUAUGAACUAAUUAUUUCAGAAUAAUUUUGUCAAACAUGAUUUUUUCACAUGCACUGAGAACUUUGAAUAAAAUUAAAACAACAUGAUAUUCCCGA